GACAGCAGUGAUACAUGGAGAGGAGAUCUUCUUCUGACAGCAGUGAUACAUGGAGAGGAGAUCUUCUUCUGACAGCAGUGAUACAUGGAGACGAGAUCUUCUUCUGACAGCAGUGUUACAUGGAGAGGAGAUCUUCUGACAGCAGUGAUCCAUGGAGAGGAGAUCUUCCUCUGAUGUGUGUUCUUGUGUCUGCAGGAGGAACCGUUCACAUGGUCUGUAGAAACAAGAGCCGAGCAGAAGCCGCCAAAGCAGAAAUCGUGGAACGGAGUAAAAACCAGAACGUCCACGUCCACAUCGUUGACAUGUCCAACGCCAGACAAGUGUGGGAGUUCACCCAGAGCUUCUCUGAGAGCAGCAGCGUUCACGUGCUGGUAGGUCUGUAGACCUCAGAGGUUUUAUAAGAAGAGGACGUCCUCAUGGGGACGUCUCGCGUUGGUUUGUGGACGUUUUGAAGCCUUGAGUUCAAAGAUUUUGCCAUCGCUAUCUCGGUUUUCUUUUGGCAACCAGUGAACAGGAAGUGACCAUAUCUGGACUGAGGAGGAGUGAUGUAGAG